AUGGAGAACUCAUCAACAGUGAUGAGAGAAAGACUAGAAUUGUUUGAGAUAAUCAAAGACUCCUUUCAAAUCGCCUUCAAGAAUCCCAACUUCAUUUUGUUUACCUUCCUCACUUCCCUCCCUCUCUUUUGCUUCCUGGUUUUGUAUGAAAUCAUCCUUCAGUAUGUCCUGAUUGAAACAGGAAAAAUUUUGCAGGAAGCAGCUGAUCCUUUCCAAAUUUUUGGUGAUGAUUACGAAAGACUAGUGGACAUUGAAAACUUGUUAGGGAAAGUUUCUUCAAAGGCCCUUCUACUUGGUUUCUUAUAUCUGGGAAUCAUCCAUAUCCUAGACCUCUUCAACACUAUUGCAACUGUGGAUGUGGCAUCAAUAAUCUAUGCAGGGGAAACGUCCAUCAGUCUCAAGGACAUGUUAUGCAGACCUGUGAUGGAAACAAGGUUCAAAGGGCCUCUAAUCACAUCUAUCUGCUCUCUCUGUUUAGCUUUUCUUAUUUUACUUGGGCUGCUCUCCUUUGCAACAUACAUAUACAUCACAUCAGCAGAUGUUUUGUUCAUGAUGCUAUUUGCGGUGCUCUUUAUAGCUCUAUUAGCAAAGUACAUGGAGUGGAGUUCCAUAUGGAACAUGGGGAUUGUGAUUUCAGUCCUGGAAGAGAAACAGGGGGAUGUGGCGUUACUGGUCUCAUCAUAUCUCAGUAGAUGUAACAGGGCCUGUGGAUUUUUCAUAAUGUUUGGGUUCUUCGCUUGGAGGCUUGCUCUACGAUUCUCAUGCCUUUAUCAAGGAUGGGACAAUGGGGGAAGUACGAUUAUGAUCACGGUAGGGCAUAUCGGCCUUGUUUGCUUGGCAAACUUGUUCAAGUGGGUGGCCAUCGUGGUAUACUUCUAUGGUUGUAAGAAGCAAAGUUCCCAUCAAUAUACUGAUGAGGAGGAGGUAAAAUUCAGGAAGGACUUGCAGGCCCAGCCUAUCUAA